CACAAUCACUAGUCUGUACAAGUAUAUGCCUACUGGUACUACCUAUACCGAGUGCAAACAAAUACAACAAAGUGUACUCAUGGUAUACGUGUUUGGAACGAGAAAUUUUCUCUAAUUGUUUUUCUUAAUUCGUAUCGCGCGUGUAUAGUGGCGCUUUUAUCGUUACACCGUGUGAAAGUUUUUUAAUUAAACAACGAAAAUUAAUUCUCCAACAAUUGAUUAAACAAUUUUAUUAUUUGGGCGCAUACAGCUACGAACCAGGCUUUGCUUGCUACUUCGAGUACCAUAUAACUUCGAAGAACACUCGUACUUGAUCGUAUAUAUUUUUCCGAAAACCCAACGUAACGAUUCAAGACUAGCGAAUAUGUUGCAAAAAAUCAAGAAAAUUGGCGAAUUCGACGAAGAAACAAAGAAAAUCGUGGACACCUAUUACAAAGCAGCCCUGGUGACCGGAUAUGUAAGCUGCAAUGGCUACAUGCUAACUGAUUUAUUUCCAAAAGUCGAGCCAGAAAUUUCUCAACUCGAUGUGAGGGAUGAGGAUAUUUGGGUCGUAUCGUAUCCUAAAUCAGGUACGACAUGGACUCAAGAAACUGUCUGGUGUAUUCAAAACGAUUUAAAUUUCGAGCUUUCCAAGAAGAUUAGUCUAUCUGAACGAUUUCCUUUUCUCGACGUACCGUUCAUGAUAAAUACGAAAAUACUCUCAGAAAAAGAUCCGCAAGCUGUGCAACGUUUCGGAGUCGAAUCUAAAUUACAGAAGAUAAAUAAUUUACCAUCUCCUCGAUUUAUAAAAUCUCAUUUACCACUCGAUUUCCUUCCGUUGAAACUUCAAAAUAAUUCCACCAAUGCUAAGAUCAUAUGCAUAACGAGAAAUCCUAGAGAUUUGAGUAUAUCCCAAUACCAUCAUUGUCAAGUGUUCGAAGGAUUCCAAGGGACUCAAGAAGAAUUCGCUGAAUUAUUUAUCAAAGGAUUAGUUCCUUACGGACCUUAUUGGGAUCACAUAUACAGCUACUGGAACCAGCGAUCCAAACUGAACAUAAUAUUUAUACGAUUCGAAGACAUGAAAACGAAACUACCUCAGACAAUUGAAAAAAUCUCCAAGUUCGUUGGCAAAGUGCUAACCGAAGAGGAAAUCAACCAGCUAGCAGCUCACGUUACCUUCGAUAACAUGAAGAAUAUCAAAACAGUCAACAAGCAAAAAUUCACCGAUAUGAUUAGAAAUCUAAACAACGUCAAUCAGGAGGCUACAUUUAUGAGAUCUGGUCAAACUCACCAAUGGAAAACCAAGCUGAACGCCGACCUGAUUGAAAAAUUUGAGAAAUGGGAGCAGGAAAACUUGAAAGGAAGCGAUUACGAACUGAAUUACGACGAAGCAUAAUACGAAAAAUUGCAGUCAAUGCUUAAUUACGUCAUGUAACUCAUGUUGUAUCAAAACUUAAGCCGGGUUUUUUUCUACAUUAUUAUUAAAAUAUAAUAAAGCUUUUUUCUGAAA